GUAGGCUCACUUCUCGUUUGGCAAGAAGCUGCAAUCAACUUUCUCCAGAAGACGAUCAGAGCAUAGGCCUACUGAUCGAAACGUCGAGUUGAAACUUUCAGAACCACCCCAACUCAUUACAGAUAGUCAUUACAUGGUGUUGUCGCAAACCUUUUCCAUAUUGCAAUCAACGUGGAAUACUUAGGGGUGAAAUUAUCUGGCAUCAACAAUUGCCGUCAUGGCUGAAGUCGGCAAGAAUUUCGUCCCACUUGCUUUUAUGUUGAUCUGUUUGUCCUUCACCGCUAACUGCAGAAAACCAAAAGAAUCCACAAAAGUGUUAAAGUUUCUUUUCUACACUGCGGGCGAUGACGGUAGUCACCAUGCCGUCAGCGCCAAAAUAGCAGCUUCUCUUGUCGAACUGGGUCAUGACGUCACCUUCCUCCUCAGCAACAGCUGUACGAAGUGGAUGAACGCGAGCGACGCCGGAUUGUUUAAAUUCACCGUCCACAAGUCCAAAUUCACGGCAGACGAUCGUCAAAGCACCCUGCGUGAGAUUUCACGCGCUAGCCUUCGCGGGGAAUUGAAAGGGGUAUUAAACAACAUGCGGUACCAUUUAAUCAAACAAUGGUAUAAACCACCGGGCCAAAAAAAUAACUUUAACUUCGCGACCGACUGUGACAGCCUGCUUGGUGACAACAAUACAAUAAAGAGUCUUCAAGCCGAGAAGUUUGACAUACUGGUCGGGGAAGACCUAAGUGAAUGCCAGCCUCUUCUUGCCCAACGACUUGGUCUUCGCUUUCUUCAUAUCAGUGCAAGGGGUUUUAUGCCUGCAAGGGGAGACUGGCACGGAAUACCGACUCACCCAGCCUACAUCCCUUCGCGCCAAGCCGGCCUGACGGACAGGAUGAACUUCCUACAGCGCCUGAAGAAUGUAUAUAUGUACGGCGUCCACAAGUUAGCAAACCACCUCCAAGUUCAGUAUUUUUUCGCACAUCUCCAGCAGAAGUAUAACCUGAGUCCGGAGCUUUACAUGUCCGAGAUGUUGGCCAGGGCGGAGCUUCAGAUCUUCAUCGGUGAUUUUGAACUGGAAUUCGCAAGACCUCUGCAGCCGAACACGAUUAUGGUUGUAAUGCCUCUACUUUUUCAAGAUCUACACACAUCACCAGAACAAGAGAUACCUCAAGAUAUUCAAGACUUUCUUGACACCGUUGGCGAUGAGGGUGCUGUUCUGUUCUCGCUGGGCAGUCACGUGAACGAGAUGAAAACUAUGCAAGCUCAGCUUUUCGCUGACGGAUUUGCUCGGUUGCCCCAGCGGGUCCUAUGGCAGUUCACUGGUAACACGUCAUACGUACGCUUCGGGAACAACACUAAACUUGUAAAAUGGAUGCCUCAAAAACAACUGAUGAAUCAUCCAAAAGUUAAAGCGUUCGUUAACCAUGGUGGAUUGCUGGGUGUUCUGGAGGCGGGUUGGUACGGCUUACCAAUGGUGGGCAUUCCACUCUUUGGCAACCACUUUGACAACAUGGAGAGAGUCGUUGCUAAGGGGAUGGGUUUGAAGCUCGAGGUGUCAUCACUGACCCAUUAUGAUUUGUAUGAAGCAGUGACAAGAGUGAUUAAAGAACCAAGAUUUCGCGAGAGGGCGCAACACAUUUCUGGUAUGAUGCGGGAUCAACUUGAAAACCCGGCUGACAAAGCUGCAUUCUGGGUAGCCCACGUGACCAAAUUCGGUGGCAGUCAUCUUCGCCCCCGGUCAGCAGAUAUGACGUGGGUCCAGUACUAUCUAAUCGACGUGUACGCGUUCUUGUGCGCCAUUUUGUUUGCGGUGAUGUGGUUGCUUUUCCUCGUUCUCAGGUGCUUUGUACGAUUUGUCAUCAGGUACUGCACGACACCACAAAAAGUGAAACAAAACUAAAAAAGAGGUUUAAUUGCAACAAAAAUUACGCCCCCCAAAAAAAAUCUUUAUAAUUAGUUUCUUAAACCCAAUAUAAUCACUUCUUUUUCUAUAGAUCUGUAGCUAUUGUAUUUGGAAUUUAAUUUAUUGUAUUUGGAAGUUCAUUUAUUUGUGUUGCUCAUUGGCUUUUCUCUCGGUGUUAGGCCCUGCAGCCGUUUUCACGAAAGUGUGCGUAACUUGCGCCAUGUCGUAAAGUUACGCCACGUAAAUGCUGCGCAGCUGCGCCAGUCCUUUUAAAAGUUGCAUUUCACGAAACUAGUUUUAGCUGCGCGACGUUUUAUUUAUUACCCACACCACGGACGAGGCUAAUAUCAUUUUCAACGACUGUUGCCUGACACAGCUGUAAAAAGCAACGCAGCGGCCAUUUUAAAUCUCGACAGCAAAAUGAAAUAUUGCUUUAAAGACUUAAAUUAGCUAAUGAAAUUAAACUAAGGGCCCUUUGUAUAGGCUACUCUUCAACAAUGAAUUACUGUAAGCUUAUUAGUUACAAAUAAAUUUGCUAGACAACUCUAAGUUUAAAACACAAAUAAAAAAUUAAGUUUACCAAUAGAAAUUAUCUCAAACUAGUUGGUCAAUUUCUCGGGCAUCUUAACCCUUACUGUUAUACUAUAACGACAUUCUUUAACAACUUCAAAUCCUUUCAACUAAAUUAAUCAACAUGAGACCACUGUUACUCUCCAAAUGUUUUGGUGAAAUUCUUUGGAAGUGUUUAAAAGACUAACUUUGUGGUGGAUUACAAUCAUAAAAUUAUUUCAUCUUCUGAAAUUUAAAUUUAGCUAAUAUCUUUUUGUAGUUUCGAACAAAAUUCUACAUAAUUAACACGGCUUAACAAUCAAUAAACUGUUAUAUAUUUUGAAGCAGAAAAUAAAAGAAGGUUUAUAUAUUAAACUAAAUUUAAUUAAAUAAUUUUUGGGGGGUUUAAUAAAGUUUAUAAUAAAGGGUUGAUUUGUGGGUGGAGGUGUUGAUCGGGAACCGAUGGUUUCAUGGUUGACAAAUAAAUAAUGAAAGACGAAAGAUUAGUGUUUAUUAAAAUUGUACUUUUCAACUAUAAUGAUCACUGGUCGUUUUAUAGGCCUACCCCUAAAAUGUGGCCGAUAUUAUUAUUAUUUUAAAAAAACGUGUGGUUAGCGUAAACCGUACUUUUAAACCAAUGGCUGAUGAUUUUAUGUUUGUUUUGUUUUGUUUCGCUAAACGAAAGAAGGAAAUAUAUUUCGGCACAUGAGAACCAACCGUCGUCGCUGCCGAAGGAAUAACGUAGGCUAUAGGCUAACCCGCAUAAAACCCGUGCCGGAUUUCACGUAAAAUAGUGCUUAACUUGAGCCACUGUCAUAAAACCUCUGUCCUUUUUUCGUUAGGCCUAUAACGCUACGUAAAUGUUGAGCAGCUGCACCACUUCCUUUCGUUGCAUUUCACGAAACUUGUCUUAGCUGCGCAACGUUUUAAUUAUGGACAAACACCGCGAACGAGGCUUAUAUGUCUUUAUUUCAACGACUGUUGCCUGAAACCGCUAGAAAAAAAAGGAAGGCACUAAAUACUAAACUCCACAGCGGUUCGGCCAAUCGGAGAAUACCCGAGCGAGAAUGACCUUUUGACGUCAUUUUACAUAUGCUUCCAUCUUUUAGACAUGAAAAUAUUAACAACCAGGUCCUAGUGGUUAGUUCACUCUUAUGUAACAACCCCCUUAAACCUGCUGCUACAAAUGUACUUGAAUAAAGAGGUCUGAAGCAGUGCUUGCAUCUUUUUGUGGUGUAUUGAGUUUUUGAGCCCAUUCAUAAAAUUACAUUUGUUAUAGUAUAUCAAAAGAGGGCGCACUUCACUUUUAAUGGUCUCGCAAAGUUACUACACAGUUAGGGUUGUGAAAGGAACAAACGAAAAAGUAGUCCUCAUGACAAUCUGAUGCUUAUUUAAUGUUGUAGUCAUUUGCAAACCAGCAAUACCGACUUAUAGUCGUCAGAUAAUUAUUUGAUGUACCCUUAACGUAUUAUUUAAAUAAUAUGAUUUUUCUUUAUGUAACCAGAUACAUCACUGUUAAGCGUAUUAAUACUGAACAGGUUAAACGCACUGAGUAAGUUUCGCGGCUUUUCUCUUGGACAUAAUAUUAUUAGAGAAUACAGACACAGGUAGAAACUAUGCAGUAGAUUUAUCUCUUUUAGGAGAUACGACCCUGGACCUAUGGACCCCAACAUAAUGAUCUAAUUUAGAGAGGUAUAGUGGAGGCUUGGUUGGUGAGUUUGAUGUAUUUUUGGUUAUAUAAUAGGUGGAUUUAAUGAUGUUUUAAAAUAGUUUAUGUCAGAACAAUGUGACACAAAUCCGUGUGUGGCUAUGUAUAUUGUACAUGCAUAGAGAAAAUUCUCUAUGGUACAUGCAUGUGUGUAUUAAUGUUAGUUAAGUGACAGUGUACAUCAAGCUUGAGCAUACUCUAUGCCCACGAUACAGACUUUAUUGUUGUUAUUAACUCAUUGUCAUUUUGGAAAAAGAAUAGACAUAAACCUUUAAUAAUGUAUUGAUAUUUUAUCUGUGCUAGGUUUUUUUUUGAUGUGGACGAAAAGAGAAAUAAAUCGUGACAGUACAACACA